AUGUCUACCAAGGCCCCGUUCAAGUUCGAAGAGUUUUAUGAGGCAUUUGGCAAGUCUGUACCAUCUGGUGUCAUCUUCGUCGACGGGCAAGUUCACAUUGUGCCGCGCGAAAAGGAGGUGGUAGCAGCGCCGGUAGAUCGCAUUGGGACCAGCAACUCUGAGCCUGUUCUCCCAGCAAUUAAUCGUGAACGUUCAAUACGAAAACACGCUAAGGGAAGACUCCUGGAUAGUGCCGACCGACGUCGUCUACCCUGGCCCAUCAGAGCGCUGCUGGAAGCACAAGAGCCCGAUGGUAGCUGGGUCUACUCCAGCAACUUUGAGUUCAUCAUGAACGGCGCAGCUCCACCGCCAGUGGAGGGCAUAUCCGGCAAAAUGUGGGCCACGGCAGUCGCCAUCACGGUCUGGCGGCAGUUCCCAGAGUACUUUGAGCUGCUUGAAACGUACUAUGAGAAGGCCAUGCUUCACGCCGAUGAAAAUGUGCUUCGAAUUGUGCGAUCAGUGCUUCAGUUUGACGCCUUUGAAAAGAUUCGUCCUUUUAAGAGCGAUGAGGCACGAGUGGUCCGCGAGCAGCUUGCCCGUGAAGCUGCCGCAAAGCGCGAGCUUGAGCUGAACGAAGAGCUAAAGAUCGCGCGUAUGCGCGAGGAGGCUAUUCGAAUCGGGAAGCUCAGCUUAGUUCAUGCUCGCAGACUGCCAAUGCCCACGCAACAGCUAUUCGUCGCCGAGUUGGGGAGUGAAAUUGCCACAGUGUUCUCCGCCUUACCCCCAACGUUGAUGCAAGACCAAGACACUCGUCGCCACGAUUCGUUCAGCGUUGGUCAGCUGGUUGAAAGCUGCCGCCGUCGUCGCAAGAAUGGAUCGGCCCUCGCGACUGCAAACUCAUCACCUCGCUGGCACCUGUGCCGGAUCAGUGCCGUUGACGAGGCAAGUCGCCUGGUCCAGUUGGACUUCCUCGAUGGCGACUGCGAGCGUGAGAGAAGAGUUCCGAUGAAAUUCGUUCGUCCUACUGCUGCAGGCGCCCAAGAGGCUCGAGCAGCGCAGUUUGAAGCAUUGCAAAGUUUCUGGAGCCAGCCUAUCGUGUGUGAAGCGGAGAUCGCUCGGCUAGAGGAAGCCCGUGCGGUUAAAUUGACGCCGUUGCCAUGGGACUGCAGGCACCACCUCGCUCUACAAGAAGCAGCGAGUCGCUACCACGAAGAUGCAGUAACAGAUGAAGUGGCUACUGACAAACCGGUCAGCAGCAGUCGGCGCCCUCGAUCGUCGACACAGCGGCCCGGGUCUAGCGAGAGCACGCGGGGAAACUCGAGCCGCCCUGUGGACACGCUCUUUCAAGCUGCCGCACUCGUCUUGAUGCGGUACGAUCGGGCCUACGCUCGCGUGCAAGCGGCCAUCGAGGCCGGCUCCAGGCGCUACGCGACGGCGGUUCUGUACCGCGAGCGCUUCCACGCCUUCGACGAGCUAGCAGAUGCGCUCGUGGCGCUCGCGGAGAGCACUGUGGACGCGCUCGAGGCCAUCUGGAGGUGGAAGCAGGACGGCCCGCCAGACGCGAGGCCCAAGACGUUCGUCUGGAAAGGAGACGGCUUCGUCGCCACGCUCGUCAGGUCGCUGGACUUCCUGGGUGGCUACCGCGAGCUGGCCGAGUGGUACGGCGAGGAGUUCCCGCUGGACGGCAACCCCUUCAUGCGCUCGUCGUCGCUGCUGGACCUGGCCGAGGAGCGCGGGCUGCAGCCCGCACAGCAACAGCAGCGGCGGCGGUCGAGCGCAUUGCGCGCCGCUUUGAAGCUGCACAAGCGCUCGGACGACGACGACUUGGCCGGACCGAGUCCGACGUGGUGGCCGGAGGCUCGCUACCCCGGCGAGCUGCUGCGCCGCGUGGAGCAGGCCGAGCAGGUCAGUAUGUGCAUGCGCGUGCGCGAGGAAGCUUGGUGGUCUGACCCGCCGCUCGUUGACUCGCAGAGACUGCUGGCCGAGUUGAUCUCCUCGCGCUGGCUCGAAAAAGAGAGGGCGGACCAAACCGUGGGACGAUAA